CUCUACACGACCCGCCUGAACCGUCCCCCACGCUCCCUUUGCUCGGCGCUCAUCCCUUCUUCCACGACCUCACCGUACGAACCAGCUAGCUAGCCAUGUCUCUCAUCACUUUCGACCAGCUCAAGGAGCACACCAACAAGACCAACAUGUGGCUCCUCAUCGACGGUAAAGUCUACGACGUGGCCGGUUUCCUCGACGAGCACCCUGGAGGAGACGAGGUCAUCUUGUCUGAAGCUGGCAAGGAUGCGACAGAAGCGUUCGAGGAUGUUGGACACUCUGACGAGGCCCGUGCCAUGCUCCCCAACAUGCUUGUCGGCGAGUUUGAAAAGUCUACGCUUGCAAAGUCGAAGACCACCACAUCUUCCGCUGCCGUUAACAACGCAGUUGAACAGUCAUCAAAUGCUAUGUACUUCGUACCCCUUGCUGCCCUCGCUGCCUACUUUGCAUGGCGGUUCUACGGUGCUUGAAUGCUGUGAUUCUCCCUUGCUCUCUGUGUUCGUUCCUAUUUUCGGUCUUUCUCAUCUACAUAUUGCCUUUAUUGCUUCUUUCGCCAUGUCACUACCUCCGCCCUCAUCACUUUGCGGAUCUCUAGAAGGAAUGCAUUUUCCUUGCACAUAUUUCUUCUCUGUGUUAUACUUCCGUGGUGUGAAUCCGUGGAUAUCUGUUCAAGACGCAUAACAUGACCGUUGUCAUCGGGUAUCGCGGUGUACCCUCGCUCUCACGCUAUGCAAUCACGCUAUAAAUGUCGGCGAAGAACCUACCGUGAACAUACUUUGGUCUAUUCAGCAAAGACCCUGUUGGUCAUCAUCUACC